AUGAUCACUUUCUAUAUUGUAUUAUUAAUUUUUUCCACAAAUUUAAUUGUAUUUGGAUCACCGGGUGAUAAUCAUUAUUUGUAUCGAGCAUGUUUAAAUCAUUGUAAACAAAUAAAUUGUAGUACACCAUUAGGUUUGAAGGAAUUUGAAGUAAAACAAACAUUCUUUGAAUAUAUUUUUCAAUGGUCAUGUCCAGAUGAAUGUUCUUAUGAAUGUAUGUGGAAAACUGUUAAUCAAAUGAUAUCAAAUGGACAAUCUGUUGUACAAUUUCACGGUAAAUGGCCAUUUGUACGUUUAUUUGGUGUGCAAGAACCUGCAUCAACAUUAUUCUCAAUUUUAAAUUUAUUAUCUAACUAUUUAUUUGGUUACCGAGUACUUCGUCGUUAUCUUCGCUAUGGUGUUCAUCCACUCUAUUCAAUGUGGAUAGUAUUUUGUUUUAUAUCCAUGAAUGCAUGGAUUUGGUCAACAAUCUUCCAUACACGUGAUAAACCAUUAACAGAAAUAUUUGAUUAUAUUGGUGCUAUUUCACUUGUUUUUGCUCAAUUUGCAUGUUGUCUUAUUCGUGUUGGUUAUAGAACAAAAUAUAUGCGUUUAGCAAAACUUGCAACAUUAUUUUUAUUCUGUUUUUUUAUUUAUCAUGCAUAUUAUUUACUUUUUAUUAAAAUGGAUUUUGGUUAUAAUAUGACAAUUAAUAUUAUUGUUGGUCUUUUUAAUGUUAUUUGUUGGCUUCUUUGGAGUAUAUAUCAUUUUAUGUCUGGAAAAGUUUAUGUUUGGCGAUGUGCUCUAUCUGUUGUCUUAACAAUGAUAUUUGUUGCAUUAGAAUUAGCUGAUUUUCCACCGAUUGGUUGGACAAUUGAUGCACAUUCAUUAUGGCAUUUUUCGACAAUAUUUCUACCGAUAUUAUGGUAUCGUUUUGUAGUUGAUGAUUCAAGAUAUUUACUUCUUCAUUCUAAAUAA